ACAUGGCGGCUACUUCUGUCUUCCACAGAGUGAGAACUGGAUCUAAAAUAGCAGCUCAGUACGAUCAGGACGGCAACUUAAUACAGGUGGAGACCAGAGAGGAUGAGGAGCAGAGUGUUAAGCUGGCAGAGAUCCUGGAGCUGCUGCUGGCUGCCGGCUACUUCAGAGCCCGAAUCAAAGGACUGUCUCCCUUCGAUAAGGUGGUCGGUGGGAUGACCUGGUGCAUCACCACGUGUAACUUUGACAUCGAUGUUGAUCUCCUGUUCCAAGAAAACUCCACUAUCGGCCAGAAAAUAGCUCUGACGGAGAAGAUCGUGAGCGUUCUCCCGAAGAUGAAAUGUCCUCACCGCCUGGAGCCGCAUCAGAUCCAAGGACUCGACUUCAUCCACAUCUUCCCAGUGAUCCAGUGGUUGGUGAAGCGAGCCAUAGAGACCAGGGAGGAGAUGGGCGACUAUGUGAGAGCGUACUCCAUAUCUCAGUUCCAGAAGACCCACAGCCUGCCGGAGGAUGAAGAGUUUCUCCAGAGGAAAGACAAAGCAGUGAGAGCCGUUCUGGAUGUUCUGGAAGUGUAUAAACCCCAGCGGAGGUACAGGAGGCAGAGAGAUGCAGGAGAGCUGCUGGAUGAAGAGUCCAGAGUUCACUCCACGCUGCUGGAAUACGGCCGGCGAUAUGGAUUCAGCAAACAGUCCAAACAAGACAAAGUGGAGGAGAAGAAGACUCAGGCAGCGGCUGCUCCUCCGGGGAUGACGGAGGUGUCAGAGGAAGACGACCUGCAGGCGGCGGAGGAGAUGCGAAUCAAAAGCCUGAUGACCAGCAUGGCUGCCAUGGCAACCGAGGAGGGGAAGCUGACAGCGAGCGCCGUGGGUCAGAUCGUUGGACUUCAGUCUGAGGAGAUCAAACAGAUCGCCUCCGAGUACGCUGAGAAGCAGUCGGAGCUGUCCUCAGAGGAGCGUUCAGAGCGCUACGGACCGCUGCAGCAGCACCGCAGGGCCGUCGCCUCGCUCACCAAGCAGAUCCAACACAAGACUAAACAGCUGGAGGAGCUACAAGUCAAACAUUCAGAGGUGAAGACUCGCAGUGACGACGCUAAAAGGAAACUGAUGGAGGCUACGGAGCAGUCGGAGAGUCUGAGGACGGAGCUGCAGUCUUUAGAGGAGAUGGAGGAACAAGCUGACAGCAGCGUGUUGGAGAAGCUGAAAGCUCUGGUAACGAUGAACGAGAACCUGAAGCAGCAGGAGCAAGAGUUCAGAACACACUGCAGGGAGGAGAUGACCCGCCUGCAGCAGAACAUCGAGGAGCUGAAGAUGGCGUCAGGACAAGAUACAGAAGAGGAGAAGGAGAGGAACCAGCUGAUAGACAAACAGUACGACACGGACAGAGAGAAACUGCAGAAGAUCCGUCUGCUCAUGGCUCGGAGGAACCGUGAGAUCGCCAUCCUGCAGAGGAAGAUCGAUGAGGUGCCGAGUCGAGCCGAGCUGACGCAGUACCAGAAGAGAUUCAUCGAGCUCUAUAGCCAAGUGUCUGCGACCCACAAAGAGACGAAGCAGUUCUUCACGCUGUACAACACUCUGGAUGAUAAGAAGGUUUAUCUGGAGAAGGAGGUGAAUCUACUGAACUCCAUUCAUGACAACUUCCAGCAGGCGAUGUCGUCCUCAGCAGCGAAGGAUCAGUUCCUCAGACAGAUGGAGCAGAUCGUAGAGGGAAUCAAACAGAGUCGCAUCAAGAUGGAGAAGAAGAAGCAGGAGAAUAAGAUGAGGAGAGAUCAGCUGAACGAUGAAUAUCUGGAGCUGCUCGACAAGCAGAGGCUCUACUUC